GAGAGAGCGAGAGAGAGAGAAAAAUAUCGGUUGCCAUUGUUGCGUUGCAUAGCCGACCUCGCAUUUCCAUGCCCUUCUAGGGUUUUCUAAUUUAAUUUGGUCUCAGAAGGAAGCAUUCGUUGUGACAGAGUCGAUUCACCAUGGAUUCCAACUCGAAAUGGACGAGUACUCUGGAAUCGAUAAUUGGAAUUUCAAUCGGAUCUGGACCGAUUUCUGAUUCCAUUAUUGUCAUCUUAACGACUUCUGUUGCAGUGCUACUUGGACUUGUUUACUUUCUACUACGAAGAUCUUCUUCUCGUGUCAUAUCUUCAAAGCCCUUCGAAGUUCCCAAGUCCAUACUUCGUGAAGAAGAAGACGAAGUUGAAGUCGAAGCUGGGAAGACUACGGUCACGAUCUUUUUCGGUACUCAAACUGGCACGGCCGAGGGAUUCGCUAAGGCGUUGGCAGAGGAAGUGAAGGCUAGAUAUGAGAAAGCAGUUGUCAAAAUUGUUGACCUGGAUGAUUAUGCAGCUGAUGAUGAUCAAUAUGAGGAGAAAUUGAAGAAAGAGACACUGGCUUUUUUCAUGGUUGCCACUUAUGGUGAUGGUGAGCCAACUGAUAAUGCUGCAAGAUUUUACAAAUGGUUUACUGAGGGAAAAGAAAGGGGUGCCUGGCUUCAGCAACUCACAUAUGGUGUUUUCGGUCUAGGUAAUCGUCAGUAUGAACAUUUCAAUGAGAUUGGCAAAGUUUUAGAUGAGCAACUAAGGGAGGAUGGUGCAAAUCGUCUUGUUCAACUUGGCCUUGGUGAUGACGAUCAGUGCAUUGAAGAUGACUUUGCUGCUUGGCGAGAAACAUUAUGGCCUGAAUUAGAUAAAUUGCUACGAGAUGAGGAAGAUGUUAACAUGGUAUCUACUGCAUACAUUGCUGCUGUUCCUGAAUAUCGAGUUGUGAUACAUGAUCCUAGUGGUACGGCAUUAGAGGAUAAACACUUAAAUUUGGCAAAUGGGGGAACUGCAUUUGACAUUCACCAUCCUUGCAGAGCUAAUGUUGCUGUUCGAAAGGAGCUUCAUAAACCUGAUUCGGACCGAUCGUGCAUUCAUCUGGAGUUUGACACAUCAGGCACUGGACUCACAUACGAAACUGGAGACCAUGUUGGUGUUUUUGCUGAGAAUUGUGAUGAAACCAUUGAGGAAGCAGGAAAAUUGUUGGGUCAGCCUUUGGAUUUACUUUUUACAAUUCACCUGGACAAUGAGGAUGGCUCACCCCUGCAAAGCUCAUUACCACCUCCUUUCCCUGGUCCAUGCACAUUAUGUAAUGCCCUAGCAUGUUAUGCAGAUCUCUUGAAUCCUCCUAGAAAGGCUAGUUUGGUUGCUUUGGCUGCUCACGCAUCUGAACCCAGUGAAGCAGAAAGACUUAAAUUUUUGUCAUCUCCGGAUGGAAAGGAUGAGUAUGCACAGUGGGUUGUUGGGAGCCAGAGAAGUCUUGUAGAAGUAAUGGCUGAAUUCCCAUCAGCAAGACCUCCCCUGGGUGUUUUUUUUGCAGCUGUAGCCCCUCGCUUACAGCCCCGUUAUUAUUCAAUAUCAUCUUCUCCAAGAUUUGCUCCCUCUAGGAUUCAUGUAACUUGUGCCUUGGUUUAUGGUCCAAGUCCAACUGGGAGGAUUCACAGAGGGGUGUGCUCCACAUGGAUGAAGUGUGCAGUUCCUCUGGAUGAAAACCAUGAUUGCAGCUGGGCUCCAAUUUUUGUUAGAUCAUCAAAUUUUAAGUUACCAACAGAUCCUUCCAUUCCUAUUGUCAUGGUGGGGCCUGGUACUGGAUUGGCACCUUUCCGAGGAUUUCUACAGGAAAGAAUGGUCCUGAAAGAAGAGGGUGCUCAACUUGGCCCUGCUCUUCUCUUCUUUGGAUGUAGAAACCGCAGAAUGGACUUCAUCUAUGAGGAUGAACUCAAUACCUUUGUAGAACAAGGUGCAUUGUCUGAGCUAAUUGUUGCAUUCUCACGUGAAGGACAGACAAAGGAGUAUGUUCAGCAUAAAAUGAUGGACAAAGCAGCACACCUAUGGAGUCUAAUCUCCAGUGGUGGUUAUCUCUAUGUAUGUGGAGAUGCCAAGGGCAUGGCUAGAGAUGUCCACCGGACAUUGCAUACCAUUGUGCAAGAACAGGAAAGUUCAGAUACUUCGAAGGCCGAGGCUAUGGUGAAGAAACUGCAGAUGGAAGGACGGUAUCUUAGAGAUGUCUGGUAAUUGGUUUAUCCGUCUUCAUUACACUGGCUGUCUGCUCUGUCCGGUCAAAUUGUUGAAAUAUCAUGCAUUCAUCAUCUUCAAGCUCAAAGCAGUUAGCCCCUUGCCAGCCCCAGGAAGGGGGGAGGGGUGGGGGAGCUGACUGGUGGUGCAAACAGUACCUGGGUUUAACUUGUCAAGUGAACUGAUGGUGAUUUAUUUACGCUGCUUGUGCUUUUGGCAUAUGUAUACUCUUCUCUUGGUCAAGAGGAUUUGUUUAUAGUGAGUGCACUCUAUUCAAUUAAUUCUAAUGUCAUCAAAGGUAAGAAAAAGGACAUUGGGAAGCAUGCAUGUUGACCAAAGUACAGAAACACUCUUAGGUCUCUGAGAGUCUCAGGUAUUUUGCUGGAAUUUACUGAUGGUGCUGGAUUCUGGCCAGGAGUUGAUCAAUGUAAGAUUACACCGGACUGUCUUGUAAGGUAACAAUAGUAUAUUGGUACUGUAUAAUGAGGAUGA